GAAAACAUGGACAUUACCAUCCAGCACCCCUGGUUCAAACGAGCUCUUGGACCCUUAUUUCCAAGCCGUUUGUUUGACCAGUAUUUCGGAGAGGGUCUUUUCGAUUAUGAUCUCCUGCCUUUGUUCUCUUCCACCAUCAGCCCCUAUUACAGGCACUCUCUCUUCCGCACCCUUCUGGAAUCAGGCAUUUCAGAGGUGAGGUCUGACCGGAACAAGUUUACAAUCCUCCUGGAUGUAAAACACUUCUCUCCCGAAGAUCUGAGUGUGAAAAUUAUGGAUGACUUUGUGGAAAUCCAUGGCAAGCACAAUGAGAGACAGGACGACCAUGGCUACAUUUCCCGUGAAUUCCACCGCAGAUACCGCCUGCCUUCCAACGUGGACCAAUCUGCCAUCACCUGCUCCCUGUCUGCUGAUGGCAUGCUGACUUUCUCUGGCCCAAAAGUCCAGUCCAACAUGGACACCAGCUACAGUGAGAGACCCAUUCCUGUGUCCCGAGAGGAGAAGCCCGCCUCGGCUCCUUCUUCCUAG